AUGUCCCAACCACCUAAACGGUCUCUGCGGCCACAUAGCCCUGAAUCUGAUAAACCAGCGGGCGACAUUCCUCCUGCCGUGCAAGCCAUUUCGAACUUGCGGUGUCCGCUGCCUCCACCGAUUCUUAACAACCUGAGUCGAAACACGCCUACCCAGAAGAAUGCUACUUUGAACCAGGAGGAGCGUGAAUCGGAUAAGAACGCUAAAGUGGGCGCUCUGGGUUCUUCUGAAAAGCUUCCCCAGCCUUGUGUUACUGUGGAUGUGAGGGAGAUUCGUGGUAGACCUGAUGAAAGCUUGAAAAGAGCCAGUUUGGAGUCUCCACGUCUCAGAUCCAGAGAACAUGAAAACGGCGCUAACGAGGGUCUUUGGGCCCCUGCUCCUCGUGGCUCUUCUACAACCAGACAAGAAUCUGCUGGCCCAGAUGGUUCCCGUACUUCUGUUCAUGCUCACUUUUCAUCAGAAGAGUCGCUGCGACCAAAGACUAGACUGCGGUCGGGGCUGAACCCAAGUGCCCAGGGCACUACUGGUGGUGCUGGCACCAUCGCGGGAAACGGCUCUGCUACCGCUCGUGCUGGUGCUACCAGUCCAGCGGCUGGCGCUGAGUUUAAAGACCCAAUUUCAAGUAUAGGCGGUCAAUUGCCCAGCUCGAAGGAGGAAACAGCUAAUAUCGACCCACGUCUACCCCAAGACGAUGGCAAGCUCCACGUUCUUUUUGGUGUUUGCGGCGCCAUCUCCACUGUUAAAAUCAAACUAAUCAUCAAUAAGCUUUUCGAGAUCUACACUCCACAAAAGAUCGCCAUACAGCUCAUUCUCACGGCAUCUUCGGAGAACUUCAUCAGUAAUGAAACAUUGCAACUCUUGGAAAACUCCAAGAGAAUACGUGUCUGGCGUGACCUGGAUGAAUGGGUUACCUGGAAUUCUCGUGCUGACCCUGUGCUUCACAUCGAAUUGCGUCGUUGGGCCGAUAUCUUGAUCGUUUGUCCUUUGACAGCCAACACAUUAGCAAAGAUCUCUCUUGGUAUUUGCGAUAAUCUACUUACAUCCGUCAUCCGUGCCUGGAAUACCGCCUACCCAAUCCUUUUGGCACCUGCCAUGGUGAGCAAUGCCUACAAUGCUAUCACUACUAAGCGCCAAUUGAGACUAAUAUCAGAAGAAAUGCCAUGGAUCGAAGUUCUUAAGCCUGUUGAGAAGGUUAUGGGUUCUUACGGUGACAUUGGUAUGGGUGGUAUGAUGGACUGGAAUGAAAUCGUCAACAAAGUUGUCUUGAAGUUAGGUGGCUACCCCGAGAUCGAAGAUGAAGACGACGAUUCGAAAAGUAAUAACGACGCCGCCACUAAUGAUAACAACAAUAAUGAUGAUGAUGACGAUGACGAUGACGACGAUGAUGACGACGAUGACGACGACGACGAUGAAGAUGAUGAUGACGACGACGAUGACGACGAUGAUGACGACGAUGAUGACGACGACGACGAUAAUAAUGAGGUAGCCACUGAAGUCAUCAGAGCGCAGAAGGUCGUUGAAGCUGAGAAAGAGAAAGAAGCCAAAGAGCAAUUACAACUCUAA